AUGUCAAUGUACUUAGAGAAUAAGUCUGGGUGUGUGCAUCAUGUCGAUCAACAUGACAGCAAGUCUGCCCUUCGAGCCCGAAGAAAAGCCGAUUUCCAAGUUCUGCCUCUUCUGCUUGUCGGCUUUGCGACGUACCAGUUGGAUCGAACAAACAUUGCCAGUGCACUGACGGGGGGCUUCGCAGCUGCCAUCUCCGUGGACCAGAAUACGAUCAACCUUGGAAACCAACUGAUGUUUCUGGGAGUAAUUGUAUUGGAGAUCCCAUCUAAUAUGUUACUCCAGCGGGUUGGUCCGCGAUUCUGGAUUGGCGGCCAGAUAUUUGUAUUUGGCGUCAUUGCUGCUCUGCAGAUUUUCGUUCAGAAUAGAGCAGGAUUUCUGGCCACAAGAACAAUCCUCGGUCUGGCAGAAGCAGGGUACAUCCCCGGUGCAAUGUAUACCUUGUCAACAUGGUACACAAAAGAAGAAUUGACAAAACGCAUCGCCGUCUUUUUCUUCGGCAUGUUUGGCGGAACUGCUGUUUCGCCUUUACUGGGAGCGGGAUUGUUGAAGUUGGACGGCAAGGGGGGCCUUUCUGGAUGGCAAUGGAUCUUCCUGGUGGAAGGAAUAUGGUCGAUUACAGUGUCCAUUAUGUUAAUCUCCUUUCUCCCGGAGAGAAAGGACAAUAGGUUGGAAUCGACUAUACAGAAGAGUGACUCGGAACAAGAAAUUGCUUCAGUCGAUCAAUCUACUAGCAAAUCUCCAGCCCAGCAUAUCCCAAUCGACGUCGUGUGGAAAACAUUGACGGAUAUUCGCAAAUGGCCUCAUUUCAUCGCCACUGCCUGUGUCUUUGCAACGUGGAGUCCGCUUACCACAUACAGUCCAAGCAUCAUCAUGGCAUUGGGAUUCACGCGAAUAGAAGCAAAUGCUCUUGCAGCCAUUGGAAGUUUCUUGACUCUCCCUGUCGUCUUAUUCUUUGCAUGGUUGAGCGACAGAACAAGCAGGCGUGGUUUUACUGUCAUGCUUGCAAUCGCUAGCUAUCUUAUUACGCUGAUCGUCCUGAGAGUCGUACAGCCACAUGUUGGCAAAUGGGGUCGGUUUGGACUGUGGACGGCAGUCAAUGGACUGGCUGUGGGAUAUCAUCCGAUUCACAAUGCCUGGAUCCAGAUUAACUGCAAGAGUCCAGCAGAACGAAGCAUCAGCGUGGCAAUGUUUGUAAUGACUGCCACGGCUGGUCUCAUGGCUGGGACACAGAUAUUCCGCCAUGAUGAAGCGUCUUCAUUCUAUCCAAGAGGAAUACUGAUCAUGAUUAUCCUGGCUGUGUCUGGUCUGGUUCUGGUUGUUGUACAGGAUCUUAUCUAUUUUGUCUCGAAUCGUCGCACAAAAUCUAAAACGUGGUAUACUUAG